GCAGUAAUCGCCUGCAGGCGCGGUUUUUUGUCUCGUUGCCAUUGUCUCACCGCGUGCCAUCGACCCGAAGAAAGUAUCUCAACGGCUUUCUUGUCUGGUCGCCGCAUCCGUCGCCGCAUCCGCCACAGACAAUGCCAUAGGCCUCCCUAGUGCCUUCCGCGACUCUUUCGACUGAGGCAGUUGCGGACUCCUUGCUUCCUGCCUCUGCGUGAAGUUGCCGCACGUAGGUAGCCAAAAUAGAACUCUCCAGAUGAAGAAGCGACGAGGAGGGUUGACUCGACAAAGAAAUGCGUUUUCGCAGCUGCAAUUCUCGCCCUGCACUUUUGUGAGAUGUCAAAAAGCGUGACAGUCCCGCAGCUCCAACGCUUUAUGAACCUCGAUUUCUCGAAUCCCAUUUCAAUUUUUGGCAAAAAAAUCCUCUCUCACAUCUCACCACUCAUCCGGUCAAUACCACCACCACGCAACCUCUAAGAUGGAUCGACACUCUUCGGUUUCCGGGGAGAGCCCCUCCUCAACGCACACUCCGCCGGUUAACAGGCCGCUUGGUCGCAGCCGCCUCAGUGCAACACCACUCACAGAUACUCCGCCCACGAGCGCAAGCGGCGGCAGAGCGGGCACGCCGGCAUCAGACAGGAUCUUAUCUGGCCGUGUCAAGAAGACAUCGCGCAAAAUCGCCACAAGAAAAGAUGACGUUUUGAGCGAGAAGGAGAAGGAGGAGGAGCGCCGGCAGCUGGAGGAGAUGGAUGAGGAAAGAAAGCUCUUUCCCGGCAGCGACACUUGGGCAGAGGAUGAGCUCAGACUCUUCAAAAUUUUGUACAUGAGACAGUACUGUCCCCUGUUGCCGUCUCAUUGGGGCAUGGAUUUUCGAGGCAUUCCCAUCCCGGACAUUCUCUUUGCGAGCUCUGACACACAUCCGCCUCUCAUCAACUCACAAUCAGGAACGGACUUCAAGGCAACCAGAGCACUUGCUCGUCUCAUUGAUGUCACAGCUAAUGUACGAGGGCUCUGUCAGACGCGCCAAAGACACAGAGCACGGGGGUUCAUCGAGAGGGAACUACAGGAGUACACGAAAUGGGCUGAGCAGGAUGGAGAAUACGGCGAUGUCGAGUACUUGCCGAACCUCAUCAUCGACAUGGUGGACACGACAAUGACGCCUCAGGCUAUCGAGGAACAUAUGCAGCUUCGUCUCAAAGCUGCCGCCGCUACACAUCGCGCACAUUGGAGGAACGACAUGCCUGAGUCUUUCGGCAGCGGCGACCAUGGCACGGACAAACAUCAGUCCAAAGACGAUGACGAUGAAGACGCCGAGCCCGAGGACAAUAGAGUCGUCCUCGUGCCCGACAAGUACCCGACACCGUCUCCGCAGAAACUGCAUCCAGCUCCUCCGUCUACCCCAGCGCACAAAGAGAUCAACUACGAUGGUUUUGAAGAUCGCAGUUCUGCAAGCGCAGAACUCGAUAAUCCAGCGAAAAGUAUGACCUAUCAGCCGGAUGGACAAUACACCCGUCGCCCACCUGUCUUGUACGGGCUCUUUAUCGUCAAUACCUCAGUCAUGGUGCUGACCAUCGACUCGGCGAAGGAAGGAGACGAAGCCUACGUCAGCUACCAGGUGGAAGUUGGCUUCAGCAAGCGUUACCAGGCCGUGUGGAAUGCCAUUACCAUCGCAAUAGUGGUCUGCCUGGCGAGAGACGCAAUGAUCGACAUGAAGGAGGAUUUCAGCCAUUCCAUGAUGGAUGGAGAUAGCGACCCUGAUGCUUGACAUGACGGAACGAGUAGUCGAGACUGCCGUAGACAUGUGCAUGUCUCGCACUUUCUCCUUUACGACCUACGCGGCGGCUGGUGGUUCUUUGGAUGCGUAUACCCCUAUCCUGUUUAUAUUGGCAGACGCUGCAGAUACCCUUCUAGUUAAUUGUGACACUUCGUUGCUAAGCCACUUUGCCCCAGAGAACUCAUGUC